GCAUAGCAGGUUAGAAAUCCUUCAUUACCAUUACAGUGUGUAAAUUAGCUUUGCAACAGCAGAGCCGAGAUCAAAUGGAGAUCGCUCUUAAAGUUUACAGUUAAAGGCUUGGCUCUGUGACUGGAGUACUGGGGAACAGUGUUUGUUUGAGUUAAAUAUCUUAAAGGAUUGGUUUCACUCUGCGAUGCUCAGUAGUGGCCUGCUGUGUAAAUAUUCUUCUGCUUAACCACAUCUGUCAUCUCAUCAGCACUCCUCCAGUUUAGCGUUAUGGAUGAAUUGAAAACCCUCGCUUAAGUAAUCUCUCCUUGAGUCAUAGUCUUCCACGCUAAUAAGACAGUCAUCGCUAGUAAAUUUUGUGUUAAGUUAAAUACAUGUUGGGGAGAAAUACAUUACAAUCCAGUUAUGAGCUGGGUCUUAGUGAGGUUGUAAAUAAUGGAAACUGUGCUGAGCUGUUGUUUUUGAGCACAGUCACCCAUACAUUCUUAAUAAAAAGCCCAUUAAGAACUGCCUUAUUACUGGUGUUAAAUCAUUAAUUUCCGAAAGCAGCUUAUCUUGGACAGCCAUUCAAAAGGGUAAUAAUUAGCAGUUUCCUGGUGGCAUUAAUGAGGAUGAGUCUUCGGAGAAACACUGAAUUUGUUGCAUGGGCUAAAUUGAAGAAUAUUAUGAUAUGCUGUGUCAGAGGAAUGUAGAAUAUUUCAUGCCAUUGAAUUCCUCUAUAAAAACUCAUUCAGUAUUGAAUAAUAUAUUGAAAAGGUAUGUUUUUAUAAAUAAAUACCUAUGGUAAAGAAUGCAAGAUAAUGACAAUGGAAGCUUUUUAGUGGUUACAGGGAAUUAAAACCCAUUUUCCCCCAAAAUGAUUUUUUUUUUUUUUACCUGGAUUUACUGUUUACCGUGUACACAAAAUACAGAUCAGUUAUAUCCUGGAAUUUGUAAUGUUGAAAUAUCUAUUUCAGUGCUGUUGAUAAUGUUUAUGCGCUACACCCUUGUUUAUGAUUCAACCUAUUUUUUUUUUCUCAUUCUUUAUGUUUUCCAGACUAAGGUGCUACCUCCCUGGCACAUCAUGGACUUCUCAGUGGGACUGUAUCUGCUAUGGGCAUUAGUGUUGAACUUUGGGCGUGGCACACUGGGUGGCAUACUGUACCGUAUGCGUGAAGAGCAGCCGCCAAGCACCCUGAUAGGUAGUCUGGCGGCUGAUCAGGGCUUACCUGACUCUGGACAUCUGUACAAGCUGGAGGUGGGCGCCCCUUACCUGCGGGUGGACGGCAAAACAGGGGAAAUUUUCACCACUGAAAUCCCCAUAGACAGAGAGACGCUGAAGGAUUGUCGGAUGAAAGGAAAGCCGUGCUUUCUGGAGUUUGAGGUAUCUGUCACGGAUCUCAUCCAGAACCAAAGCCCCCGGCUGAUUGAGGGACGGAUCGAGGUGCUUGACAUCAAUGAUAACACCCCACAGUUUCCCUCACCUGUCCUCACGCUCUCUGUGCAGGAGAACACUCACAUGGGUGCCACCUUCUCCAUCCCGCUGGCCACUGACAAAGAUACAGAGCGUAAUGGUGUAGCUGACUAUACCCUUACUGCCGGACCAGAGGCUGUUGCACUCUUUGGCUUACAAGUGGCAGAUGACAGGGGUGAGAAAUUGCCUCAGCUCAUUGUGAUGGGAAACCUGGACAGGGAGUUGAAAGACUCCUAUGACCUAACCAUCAAAGUAGUGGAUGGGGGAAGCCCACCUCGUUAUAGUAGUGCCUUGCUGCGAGUCGUCAUCACUGAUGCCAAUGACAACGCACCCAAGUUUGAGAAAUCGUCCUAUGAAGCAGAGGUUUCAGAAAACAGUCCUGUUGGACACUCUGUGUUACAGGUCAAAGCCAAUGACUCAGAUCUGGGUCCAAAUGGUGAAAUCGAAUACAUCAUCCAUCAAGCCGGUGAUCCAGUGCCAAAGCUGCUACAGAUUGACCGUUCCACAGGCAUCAUAUAUGUUAAAGGCUCGUUGGAUCGUGAGGAGAUCAACAGCUUAAAAUUUCAUGUUAUUGCACGGGACAGAGGUCCCUCACCUAAAAGCUCAACAACAUAUGUUUCUGUUGAAGUAACUGACCAGAAUGACAAUGCACCAGCUGUGGAGAUCCGUGGUAUUGGUCUUAGGACCCAUAGCGAUGGGGUGGCAAACAUCUCAGAGGACAUGCCAGUGGGCACUGCGGUGGCACUGGUGCAAGUGUCAGAUAAGGAUGAGGGAGAAAAUGCUGUGGUGACCUGUGUGGUAGCAGGGGAUGUUCCAUUCCAGCUCCGACCAGCUGGCGAUUCCUCUAUUGAUAACAAGAAGAAGUACUUUCUGCAGACCACCACACCUCUGGACUUUGAGCGAGUCAGGGACUACCGGGUGGAGAUAGUAGCUGUGGACUCAGGCAACCCAGCUCUGUCCAGCACCAACUCCCUGAAAGUCCAAGUGACUGAUAUUAAUGACAAUUCUCCCAUAUUCUCACCCCCAGUGUUUGAGAUAGAGUUUGCUGAAGAGAACCAGCCGGGGGAGAAGGUUCUCGAUGUCAUUGCCGUAGAUGCAGACAGUGGCACCAACGCAGAACUCAUCUAUACCAUUGUUGCAGACUCAUCAACAAGGGGGCUGUUUGAGAUUGACCCCAGCACAGGCGAAGUACGAGCAAGGAGCCCACUUGAUCGUGAGCACAAAGAACGUUAUGAGUUCCGUGUUACUGCAUCCGACAAAGGUGUUCCUAGCCACAGGGGUACUGCUACUGUUGUGAUCAAAGUACUGGAUAGGAAUGAUAACGAUCCCAAGUUUAUGCUUAGUAGCUACAGCUUCUCUGUCUUGGAGAACAUGCCACCACUGAGCCCAGUCGGCAUGGUGACUGUAUUAGAUAUGGAUAAGGGAGAAAAUUCCCAAGUGCAGCUCUCUGUCGAACCAGACGUCGGAAAGUUUGUAGUCCAGAAUGGCACAGGAACAAUCCUCUCAAGUAUAUCCUUUGACCGGGAGAAAGAAAGCAGCUACAGUUUCCGACUCAAAGCAGUAGAUGGAGGAGAACCCCCUAGGUCAUCUUAUGUUGGUGUGACCAUCAAUGUACUUGAUGAGAAUGACAAUGCACCUGUUGUCACCAAACCUUCCAAUUCUUCUUUCAAACGUCUGUCUCCCCUGACUGCACCUGAUAGUGUUGUCGAGGUGGUGGAGGCAGAAGACAUAGACUACGGGUCCAAUGCUGAGCUGGUCUAUAGUAUUGCUGGGGGGAACCCCCAUGAGCUCUUCUAUAUAUCACCCUCUGAUGGCGAGAUCAAACUAACCAAGGAACUGACUCGGAAACAUGGAGGUCUGCAUCGCUUGGUAGUUAAAGUGAGUGACAGGGGUAAGCCUUCUCGCCAUGCCAUUUCCUUGGUGCACAUUUAUGUCAAUGAGACCAUUUCCAAUGUCAGCCUGGUGGAGGGUCUAGUGGGACAUAGCUUAUACACUCCACUGGACACAGACAUUGCAGGUGACCCUGACUAUGGUCUAGCUGUUCAGAGAAGCAACAUCCUAUAUGGUAGUUUGGCUGGUGUGGCAGGAGUUGUCACUGUAAUCAUAGUGGUAGUCUUCAUCAGACAUCGCCUCCAGAGAGAAACCAAGAGCGGCUAUCAAGCUGGCAAAAAGGAGACCAAGGACUUGUAUGCACCCAAACAAGGACCAAAAAGCAUUAAGGGUAAAAAAGGAAGAAAGGGAAAGCCUCCAAAAUCACCCAAACCUCUUGGAGAAGAUGAAGAGGUCAGUCUCCAAAAGAGUCUGAAGUUCAACAUUGAUGGGGUUAAUGACAGCCCUAGGAUCCACCUACCCUUGACCUACCCACCUGGCAGCCCUGACUUGGGCAGGCAUUACCGUUCAAAUUCACCGUUGCCCUCCAUUCAGCUUCAGGCCCAGUCUCCAUCUGCUUCCCAGAAGCAUCAGGCUGUCCAGGAGCUCCCCGCCACCAAUACCUUUGUGGGAACAGAACGAGAUGACAACUCUACCGGCUCUGACCAGUACUCGGAUUACAGCUACAAGACCAGUCAGCCAAAAUACAGCACAAAAUCUGUAAGUGUGUACAAAUGUAAUUGUCUGAUGAUAUUAAUUAAUCCUACCCAUGAAUUUACUUUGGUAGAUUAGAAGACUGUGGUCACAUGCUUUCGUAAGCUGCUAAAUAAUUGGCAUGGUAAUUAUUUCCCUGCUUUUUUUUUUUAGGUACGUCACACAAUUAGAGCUAUAAUGCUAGAAUAAUACAUUUAACCAUCAGGUUUUGUCGCACAGGGGAAUAGAGGAGCAGCAGUGCUCCAAAAAUAGCUUUUAGGUACUGCUCAGUUGGUGGUAAACUGUCAUAUACAAACGACAGUUUGCUUUAGUUGUUUAUUUAAAAUAUCAGAUAAACUGAUAUAAACUGAGAUAAAUUGGCUAGUUGAAUUUGACGGAGACACAACCCCAAACAGGCAAUAAGAAAAACUGGAUAUAUAAUGCUGCAGUUAUUCCACAUACAGUGUACCGUAAUACAUUUUGUAAUAAUAUAAUCCUUUAGAAAACCACAUUUGGACUAGAUAGUAUUUUCCUUUCAUAAUAGGCUUAGUUUUUCUCUUUUCUCUUUCUUAUCUUUCAUAGAUAGGAUGUGCAGUGUGCAUAUCUGUCAGCUUCCCGCUUUACCCACAGGGUCAGUAAUUUGACUGGUACAUAUUUGACCUUCUGCUAUUAAGUCCAUGAACAAGUUCUCCACACUUUUUGCUGAAUGAUGCCAACCCAACACCCUAAUUUUUUUUAGGCAAGCGAACAAUUUUUAAGUUAUUGAAGCAGAAUGAUGUGUG